GAACAGGAGCGAACACCGAGAAAUAUGGUGGAACGGUGAAGGCUGCUGUCAGCUCCUGCGGUACUGAGGGGGCGUCACAAAAGCGGCAUCAUGAGCAAGCAAGGAGACUGCAGUGUCAGGGUCGCGCUGAGGAUUCGUCCUCAAAGUAGUAAAGAACAGGCUGAAGGGUGUCAUGUAUGUACAUGGGUUUACCCUGGAGAACCCCAGCUACUUUUGGGUAAGGACAAGGCGUUCACUUAUGAUUAUGUGUUUGACAUGGACACUGAACAGGUCAACGUCUACGAUACUUGUGCACGUGGCUUGGUGGAGGGUUGCUUCCAGGGAUACAAUGCAACAGUUCUGGCAUAUGGUCAGACAGGUGCAGGAAAAACAUAUACAAUGGGCAGUGGGUUUGACCUUGCAGUUAGUGAAUCAGAGCUUGGUAUCAUUCCUCGUGCUGUCCGACAACUUUUUGGUACAAUCCAGGAGCGUGUAGUUGCAUCUCGUGCACGUGGGCUUCCGGAACCAAUAUUCAAAAUCAGUGCGCAAUUUCUAGAGCUAUAUAAUGAAGACAUUUUGGAUCUAUUUGAUAUUUCCCGUGACCCAGACUCUCGAUAUCGAAAAUCCAAUAUUCGCAUCCAUGAAGAUGCCUGUGGUGGAAUUUAUGUCAGUGGAGCAAGCACUCGGAGUGUUAAUUCUGAGGCAGAGCUGCUCCAACUUCUGAAGGAAGGUGCUUUGUCUCGUACAACUGCCAGCACACAAAUGAACUCUCAGAGCUCACGUUCUCAUGCAAUAUUUUCUGUUCACCUGCAUCAAACACGUGUUUCAGACUCUUAUCCGGCAGAUACAUCAUCGCUAGAGUGUGAAACUCUCACUGCAAAGUUUCACUUUGUGGAUCUGGCUGGUUCUGAGCGUUUGAAAAGAACUGGGGCAACUGGAGAGAGAGCCAGGGAAGGAAUUUCUAUCAAUUGUGGAUUGCUUGCUCUUGGGAAUGUCAUAAGUUCCCUGGGAGAUCAGAGUAAGAAGAUUCUUCAUGUUCCUUAUAGAGAUUCAAAACUGACCCGAUUACUGCAGGACUCACUGGGCGGUAACAGUCAGACCAUGAUGAUAGCCUGUGUCUCUCCAUCGGAUCGUGAUUUCAUGGAAACACUGAAUACUUUAAAGUAUGCAAACCGAGCUCGUAACAUAAAGAACCGUGUGAUGGCUAAUCAAGAACAGAAUGUUCAGCAGGUACAGGCACUAAGAGCGGAGCUGGCACGGUUAAGACUGGAAUUACAGGAGUACAAAACUGGUCAUCGUGUGCCUGGUUCUGAUGCUCUGAGUGACAUGUGCGAAGAGCUGUCUAUGCUACGUAGUGAAAAUGCAUCACUACGUCUCCGUGUAAAUGCAUUACAAGAAGCCAUUAGAGCCAUAAAUGCUCGUGUCACCCGCAUGGCUGGACAAGAGGCUGCUCGCCUGUUACAAAGGGCUGGAGACAAUAAUGAAGAAAUCCAGAAUCUAAUACAGAAUUAUAUUCACGAGAUAGAAGAGAUGAGGACUCGUUUGGUAGAGAGUGAAGCCAUGAAUGAAUCUCUCCGGAGCAGUCUAUCAAGGGCAAACCUACGCUCAGGACAUGCUGGACCUACACCCCCUACACCUUCAUUUGAGGCUAAAGUUAAUGAUGUUGUGCGGAGAGCAAAGGAUGAAGUGCAAAGUUUAAUGAAAAAAGGAAGGUCGAUACAGCAAGUUAACAUUAAAAAAAGAGACAAACAGCACUUUGAAAACAGUGAAGAAAUAGAUGAAAAUGAAGGGGAAGCGGUAAGAGAGGAAGAUGAACAAGAAGAAAGUGAAUGUGAUGAUGAAGAGAGUGAGGACAGCGGAGGGAGUGCUUCAGAGUCUGAUUCAGAGCCUGAAGAAAAAGGUUCAGUUGGUGGUGAUCUAGCUGAUUUGACCUGUGAGAUUGAAAUUAAGCAACGCCUUAUUGAAGAGCUGGAACAAAGUCAACGUCGACUCCAGACACUCAAACUUCAAUAUGAGGAGAAGCUUCAGCAGCUUCAGAGCCGAAUUCGAGACACACAACUUGAGAGGGAUCGAGUGCUUCGGGAGCUUAACGACAACCCACAGUCAUCCUUUUUGACCAUUUCAUUACAUACUGCCAUAUUUGAUUUAUGCCAGAUACAUAUCAAGGCAAUUGAUUCUACAGGCUCUAUGGAGUGUUAUACAGAAGAGAAAGCUAAUAAAAUUCGCGCUGAUUAUGAAAAGCGAUUGCGGGAGAUGAACAGGGACCUACAGAAGCUACAAUUAGCUCAGAGGGAGCAUGCACGUCUUCUCAAGAAUCAGUCGCGCUAUGAGCGAGAAUUACGCAAGCUACAGGGAGAACUUAAUGACAUGAAAAAAGCCAAGGCUGUACUAGUGAAACAGAUGCAUGAAGAACAACAGCGAAGAAAACUUGUGGAGUCCAAAAGAAAUAGAGAGAUUACCCAACUGAAGAAGGAACAGCGCCGGCAAGAGCUCCAGAUUAGAGCACUAGAAUCCCAGAAGCGACAACAAGAAUUAGUACUAAGGCGCAAGACUCAGGAGGUCUCCGCACUUAGACGUCUUUCUAGGCCAGCUCCAGAUCGUUCUGUAAGUCAGAUGUCAUCAGUUCCAGAUUCGGGUGCAGAACUGUCAAGCACUCCAUCAUCGGAACAAGAUUGUAGUUCACGAUCUGUGUCCAGCAUUGUACGACAGUGGAAUCGCAAGACAACAAAAGAAACAGGGCCUCUAGCUAAUGGCAGUCUGGCUGUGAGAAACAAGAGAACACCAUCCCGAACACGGCUUCCUUUGAGCAAGGCUGCUCAUAUAAAAUGGCAAACUUUGGAAAAGCGAGUGCAUGAAGUUGUUUUACAGAGGCUGACUUUACUUAAUUUGGAGAAUGAUAUGGAACGGUUGCUGCGGAAACGUGAGGAGCUUUCACUUUUUCAAGACGCAUUAUUAAGUCGAACAAUCAUCCCUCCAGAAGAAGGUAGUGGGGAAGAUCAAACACAGCAAGAUAUAGCAGAGGAGUUGGAAGCUUUGGCAGCCAAUAUUGAUUAUAUUAACGACAGCAUUCGGGAAUGUCAGGCAAUAAUUGUUCAAAUGGAAGAGUCAAAAGAAGAUCUGGACUCAACAGACACUUCGGUUGUUAUAAGUUCCUGUUCUCUGACAGAAGCACGUCAUCUUCUUGACAACUUUCUACGUGCAUCUAUAGAGAAGGGUCUGCAGGUAGCCCAAAAGGAAGCGCAGAUCAGAAUGUUGGAAGCUCGAAUUCGACAGACUGACACGACUGUUUUUUCACACAGUCAAAUGCUGCUGGAGAAAUCUGAAUGCCACUCCAUGCAAAAUGAGAAUGACUAUGCCAGCACAGAUGAUGAAGUAUCAGAACUCAGUCAAAUGUCAGAUGGAAGGUUAGUAAAUUCAACCAGAAUAAUCUAUUCACAGUUGGUUUAA